GCAACGGACGGACUCGUUGAAAGAGCUAAUCAAAAUGGCGAGUCAAGAGGAGUCAGUGAGGGAGUUCGUGGCUGUUACCGGCGUUGAGGAGGAGCGGGCCCGGUUCUUCCUGGAAUCCGCCGGUUGGAACCUCCAGCUUGCACUUGCCAGUUUCUUUGAGGAUGGAGCUGACGAUGACAUAAUUACUCUUCCUCAGCCUGAGGGAGGCUCUUCAGUGUCUCGAUCGGCAGGUCCCAGUAGUCAACCCAGAGUGACCUCCUUCAGAGAUCUGAUGCAUGAGGCAGAGGAAGAAAGCGAUGAGGAGGAAGGUCAAAGGUUUUUUGCGGGCGGAUCAGAGCGCAGCGGGCAGCAGAUCGUGGGACCUCCAAAGAAGAAGAGCUCCAAUGAAGUGGUGGAGGAUCUGUUCAAAGGGGCCAGAGAACACGGAGCUGUGCCUUUGGACCGGGCCGGCAAAGGACCAGGAGAAUCCAGCAGAGCAAAGGCUUUUGUUGGCGGAGGUUACAGACUGGGAGCAGCUCCUGAAGAGGAGUCUGCUUACGUAGCUGGGGAGAGGCAUGCCUCCAACAGUCAGCAAGAUGUCCAUGUGGUGCUGAAGCUGUGGAAGACGGGUUUCAGUCUGGAUAACGGUGAACUUAGAAACUACAACGAUCCUGAAAAUGCAAACUUCCUUGAGGCAAUAAGAAGAGGAGAGAUUCCUCUGGAGCUGAGGCAGCGGUCUCGAGGAGGCCAAGUCAACCUGGACAUGGAGGACCACAGAGACGAGGACUUUGUCAAACCCAAGAUGGCCUUCAAGGCCUUUGAAGGUGAAGGCCAGAAGUUAGGAAGUGCCACCCCGGAGUUGAUUACAGCUCCGUUCACGUCCCAGCAGGACCAGUCUGCCAACGAGGCUCAGGCCAGCGCCUCCGUGACCCUCGACCCCUCCCAACCCACAACUAACAUUCAGAUCCGGCUGGCGGAUGGUGGCCGCCUGGUUCAGAAGUUCAACCUGACCCACAGGGUGUCGGACCUGCGGCACUUCGUGGCGGCGGCUCGGCCCACCAUGGCCGCCCGGGAAUUUGUUCUGAUGACCACCUUCCCCAACAAGGAGCUGAUGGAUGAGAGCCUGACGCUGCAGGAGGCCAACCUCCUCAACGCCGUCAUCGUCCAGCGGCUAAAGUGAGGCUGGGAGAACACGCCUCCCCCGCACCUCCUCAUACGGUGAUGUGGCUGGGGGAGGAGAAAACAGACUCGCAUACGGACUUCUAGUUUCUGAUUUUUGUUUUUCUAAAAGGAAAUGUAAAAUUCUGCCCUCCCACCCGCUCGUCUGUCCGUUCUCCGAGGCCGACUCCAGAAUCAAAGUUGUCAAAAAGCCUCCAGACGCUGGAGAGUCGUGGUUUUGGUGGGGGGGCGGUUUGUCUCAGAUGUGCCCGCCUUCUAGAUUUGUUUUUGUUUCCUGCUAAACGUAAUCUGACCCGAGAACAGUGUUUACUAUCAGCUGCUGGAUCUUCAGCAGCUCAUUUCCUCCUUUUCUGUCUAAUCCGCACAAAAGCAGCUCCGUGAGGAAGACCGGUCAGAUUAAUGCUGUUUUUUUUUUAAGUUUCCACACUUAAAUGAGCGUAAAGACGUAACAGAAAACAUCGUUCCUGUUUUAACCUGCAGCCCCACUCUCCUUUGUUCACCUGCAGAACCACACCUGCCCCUUUGUUGAAAAGCAGAUGGAUUUAUUUUUUUAAACCGUCUUUGUUCCUCCCGUUUCCUUUCUCUCUGACAGAUCGUUCCAGUUCCACAGCAGCGUUUUGAUACAGACGAGCGUAAAACCGGCGUCGCAGCUUUAGCAUCGAGCUGCCGUUUGAGCGAAAGAACGUUUGAAACGUGAACACUGGUUUGAUUUAGAAGUUGUAUUCCUGUAACUCACAUCUUCUAUGCAUCCUGGGGAACCAGAAAUAUGGUUAGACCUCUGAUUAAAUAAAUUCAUUUUAUGGUUGAUGUA